AUGCAGCCCUUAAGACGAUCCACAGCAAUGCUUCUCAAACAGAAUGAAAUGGCAGAUAUCACAGACAUAGAAGUCAGAACCUGGAUGACAACAAAGAUAAUUGAUAUCCAGAAAAAAGGCGAUGGACCAGACAGAUUCACAGCCAAACUCUACCAGACAAAUAAAGACCUGGCACCAACCCUGUUGAAACUAUUCCAAAAAAUUGAGAAGGAGGGAAUCUUCCCUGACUCAUUCUAUGAGGCCAGCAUCAUUCUGAUACCAAAAAACUGGCAGAGUCAUAGUGAAAGAAAAAUUCAGGUCAAUAUCCUUGAUAAAAAUGGAACAAUAGACACUGGGGCCUACUUGAUGGUUGAUGGUGGAAAAAGGGUGAGGAUUGAGAAACUACCUAUGAGCACACGCGGCUACCGAGCUGCAGGAGGCAGCGGGCGCGAGACUGGGAAUGUGCAGGGCUCCCACCUCGCUCUACAAGCCCGGGCCGCGGCCCCCGCCGCCUCCCGGCGCUCCGUGCCCGCCCCCCGAGGCCGGCGGUUGCUCCCACCUGGGGCCGUUGCUGCUCGUGCAGUGAGUGCCGCCCAGCCAUUUUCCACGCCGCUCCGUCAGCCGCGCCGGGCCGCGCGCGCACCGGAAGGCGCGUUGGCGUCUUGCGGGCUCCGGGCCGGGUGGGCCGAGUCCUGGCCUCCACAAGCCGCAUGGCGCGCAUGGGGAGCCUCCGUUGAUGCCGCCGCGCCGCCCUCCGAGGCUGCGUCCCCGGAAGCCCGGCUCCCCGAGCGCUCCGGCCCGGCCCGGCGCCCCGGACCUGAGUGCGUCCUGGAGGCGCCCGGGCUGGCCCAGGCGGCGGUAGCAGAGGAGACACCGGACUGGGCGCCCGCGCUCUGCCCCAGCCCCGAGGCGCGGUCGCCGGAGCCGCCUGCCAACUGCCUUCAGGACUUCGACACGCUGGUCACCGUUGGAAAGCAGCUAGAAGCCAUUUGUGUCAAGGUAACAUCUGAAGAAACAAAAGGUCAGGAACGGCCAAUGUCCCUACUGGCCACAGUCCAGCCCCAAUCUGCAAGACAGAGCCAGCCGCCCCGGAGGAAUUCCCGCCUGGUGGGACUCCACGUCACCAGCCCCCAGCUGCUCAGGGUACGGCCCCUCGUGAGAACCGAGCCACAGUCAUGUUUCCUACAUCAGCCUCCUGCUCAGGGGUUUGUAGAGAGACCACUGCCAGCCCUCUAGGUGGUCCCUGCAAAGAGAGUCCCAGCCCCCAAGGCUCCAAAUGGACAGGGCACCACGUUGACCCCUUUGGCGGCCUCCAGUUCGCCGACUGUAACAUGUUUCAUCCAGUUCGGGACGUUUAUUUAUUUCCAACUUGCAUACAAAACAUACUGAGAAACUAAAACCAUCGUUAAAAGCGAAGACACGUUGAGACGGGUAUCUCGACCUGCCAAGUAUAAAGCUAAAGACAAGUUCAUAAAAAGGGAUGAUUUGGCCGACGGUCAUCUGCCAGAUUCUGAUGAUUAUUCAGAACUCAGUGUGGAAGAUCAGAGGGAGAGGCAGGCGCUCUUUGACUUAUCAAGCUGCUCCCUGAGGCCCAAAAGCUUUAAGUGUCAGAUUUGUAAAAAGUCCUAUAUAGGGAAGUGGGGACUGGCCCAGCAUUUUAAACUUAAUCCAGGCCAUGGCCAGCUGGACCCUGAGAUGGUGCUGAGAAUGCCAAUGGGAACACCCUCCGGGGGUGCACAGAGGAAAGGACGCUCAGCCUAACCUCCCCAGGGCUGUCCAUGCCAGCAGCUCCGCGUGAGGGAGGGGCCUGCUCCUGCUUGGCGAGAGAGUCAGCAUGCGGUGGCCUGCAGGUAAUGUUUGCAUCUGGGUGUCGUUUUCGGCCAUUCUAACACUGUUAUAAAGAAAUACCUGAGACCAGGUAUUUUAUAAAGAAAAGAGAUUUAGUUGGCUCACAGUUCCACAGGCUGUACAGGAAGCAUGGUGCUGGCAUCUGCUCGGCUUCUGGGAAUGCUUCAGAAUCAGUCACUGUGAAGGCAGAGUGGGAGCAGGCACGUCACAUGGCCACAGCAGGGACAAGGGGCCGGGGGAGGUGCCACACAUUUUUUUUCUUUUUUGUUUUGAGACAGAGUCUUGCUCUGUCGCCCAGGCUGGAGUGCAGUGGCGCGAUCUCGGCUCACUGCAAGCUCCGCCUCCUGGUUUCACGCCAUUCUCCUGCCUCAGCCUCCCGAGCUGGGACUGCAGGCGCCCGCCACCACGCCUGGCAGUUUUUUGUAUUUUUAGUAGAUACGGGGUUUCACCGUGUUAGCCAGGAUGGUCUCGAUCUCCUGACCUCAUGAUCCACCCGCCUCGGCCUUCCAAAGUGCUGGGAUUACAGGCGUGAGCCACUGCGCCCGGCCGGUGCCACACACUUUUAAACAACCAGCUAUCAUGAGAACAGCACCAAGGGGAUGGUGCUAAACCAAUGAGAGAUUGGGUGGGGACAGAUUCAAACCAUGUCAGUCCUUAUUCCUGCCUCUGCCUGCCCAUCAUCCUUAAGUUGACCUUUACAAUGUCUGAUGGGGACUCAGGCGAAGGCUCAGGCAGGACCAGAAUCAUUCUAGUGGAGGAUCUGGGACCCCCAUGUUUGCACUGCUGCCGAACAGGCUGGAAGAUGCGUGUCUGUGUGUCGGCAUGAUUUAGUGAGCAAAUCUGAUGGGAACGCAGCCGUUUCUUUAGGUUUGGUCAGUAAAACCAAUGGCAGUGCACUCUUGGCUGACGCUGUCAUUACAGAGGGUGAUGUUGAGAAAGGCAGUCCCUGGGGGUGCUUCUGGUAUGUCAAUAGCCCCUGGCUGCUUAGUGUGUCCUCUCCCUCCUGCCCCUUCUGAAACUCCCGAUAAAGCAGGUGUGAGUUGCUGUAAGUUUGCAUUAUCACAUCAAAAUUUUUUUUCCAAAAUACUUUAUUGUAGUAAAAUAUACAUAGCAUAACAUUUACCAUCUUAGCCAUAUGUAAGUGUGUGGUUCAGGGGCACUAAAUACAUUCACGAUGUUGUACAGCCAUCACCCCCACACAUCUCCAGAACUCUUUUCAUCUUGUGCAACUAAAACUCUGAGCUUCAAGUUGGGGUAAGUGGGGGAGAAAAAAAAAAACAAACUAAAACUGUCCCCAUAAACAGCAACUCUCCAUUCCCUUUUUCCCCAACCCUAGCAGCCACUAUUCUACUUUCUGUCUCUAUAAUUUUGACUACGCUACUUUCUUCACAGAAGUGGAAUCACAGAAUAUUUGUCUUUCUGUGACUGGCUUAUUUCACUUAGCACAGUAUCCUCAAGGUUCAUGUUGUAGAAAGUGUCUGAAUGUCCUUUAAGGUGGAGUAAAAUUUCAGUGUGCAUACCAAAAAUAAAUAAAUAAAUA